CGAUUUUUCCGAGUGAUUGUCAAUGCUACCUCUUUUGUGAGUCGACUUUUUUUUCGUACCUGAAUCCUCGGGGUAAUCGGCGUUGAACCGCUGAGCUUUUGCGCCAACGUGUGUUCCUUUUCUUUUGCCACGGUUGUUUUGAAAUUAUCACAGUGCAUCGUUAUCUCGAGUUGUGGUUGGUGAUAAAGUGAGCGAAGCAAAUGUGUGUAAAAUGUAAACAUUGGCCGCAGCUCGGUGAAUCAAGGUCGUGGUCGUUGUCGCCAAGCGUCGAUAAGCUGUCGAAGAUGGUGAACUUAGUGUCGAGCGAGAAGACAGCAAUGGAGAUAUGCACGUCUAGGCCCACUGCCAAGGUUGCCAUUGGCAAUGCAGCCGUGUUCCCGCGCAAUUUCGCCACCACGGCGCGCUGUGCGCACCGGCUUUGCGGACCGGCACGACGAUCGUUUGUCUUUUAUACGACGACCACAACGAUUAACUCUGAUCAGAGGCACAAUUUUACACGUUGCAGCAUCAUGACACUUGUCGAUAGCGAAGGACAACAGCAAGAGGCCACAUGGUACAAGGAGUUGAUGCGAACGGUCACCCGGGUGAACAUUGCGAUAAACGAUGGUAUAGACUCAAUCAGGCAGACGCCGCUCCAGCUGACGAUCCGUCGUGGUGACUACGAGAUGAUGGAGCGUCUACUGCUCGCCGGCGCCGACAUCGACGCCCGCGACGUGGACGGCAACACAGCCUUACAUUUCGCGGCACAACUCGCGCGCUACGACGCCGCCCAAAUACUUCUGCGUCACGGCGCCUCGCUGGCCGCCCAAACACCACGUGGCUUCAGUCCCGUGACGCUCGCCGUGCAAUCCGGCUGCAUACCGCUCGUCCAGCUGCUCCUCGAUCACGGCGGCGACGUCAAUCAGCCCGUCCACGAUUACGACUUGAAGAGGCAGUCAACUUUGCUUCAUUGGGCUAUCGAGUGCAAUAACAUCCGGAUGGUCGACUUCCUGCUGCGAACGAACGCCGACGCAAAUCUGCGCGACUCGUACGGCGAGACCUGCCUGCACUACGCCGCGCGCUUGGGCCACCUCGACAGCGCCGAGCUGCUGCUGCGCCACGGCGCUCGGGUGCGCGACAAGAGCCUCAACGAGCUGACCGCCCUGUGCUACGCCGUCAAGUUCGGCCACAAGCACAUGCUCGAGCCGCUGCUCCAGCACGGGGCGACUCUGACCGAGCGGGGCCUGGGCGGCGCCACGCUGCUGCACUACGCGGUGAAGAACGACGACGCCGAGUUCGCGGACAUGCUCGUGCGCCGCGGCGCGCGCGUCGACGCGGCCAACAGGUUCGGCGCGACUGCCCUGCACUGCGCCAUCUCCGGGAGGAAGCUGCGCGCGCUGGAGAUGCUGUUCGAGCACGGCGCCGACGUGAACAGCCAGGACGCGUUCGGCAAGACCUCGCUGCACAUGGCCAUCGAAUGCCGCCGCAAGGAGCUGUACGAGCCGCUGCUCCAGCGCGGCGCCGCCGUCGACGCGAGGGACGCGACGCUGCAGACGCCCCUGCACUUCGCCGUGAAGCAGGGCUCCUACACCGCCGUGGAGCUGCUGCUACGCCACGGGGCCGACGCGAACGCGCGCGACUGCGUCGAGCAGACGCCGCUGCACGUGGCCGUGCGCCGCGGCCACGCCAGGCUGCUCGGGCCCCUGCUCCGGCACUCGGUCAACGUCGACGCCCUCGACGCGCGCGGCCGCAGCCCGCUGCACUUGGCCGUCGACAGCGAGCACUCGCGGCUCGUCUACUGCGGCUACCCGUACACCAUCUUCGCCCGGCUGCUGGACGGCGGCGCUCGGGUGUGCACCAGCGACUCGGAAACCGGCGAGACGCCGCUGCACGUGGCCGUCAAGAGGGGCUGCGCCGUCUUCGUCAAGCACUUGCUCGCCGCCGGGGCCGACGUCCACGCAGCCGCGGGCCCCGCGCGCAAGACGCCGCUGCGCCUGGCCGCCGACGGGGGCUUCGCCGACUGCGUCGACCAACUGCUCGUUUACGGCGCCAACACCGCCGACGUCCACCUCCACGAGGUCGACCGGGCGGUCGCGCAGAGCUUUGCCAGGCACUUCGCGCGUAGGCGCGCCGCCGCUAUGCCCCUCGAUCGCCGGUACUGCAAGAUGCUCGUCGCGGACGACGAUGAGUUUGCGGAACGCUGCCAGGCCGAGGUGCGGAGGAUGAGGCUGACGAGGCUGAGCGACGAGCACACGUUUUACGAAUUCCUCCGUGGCAAUCGGCGCUGGCUCGCCAACUUCGUGUCCAACGGCGCGCCCUGCGUCAUUUUCGCGGAUCACGCGCGAGUCGAGGUUCCCGCGGAAGAGAGCCCGCUGAGGAAGAUUUUUCCUCUGUACGCGGACAUGCUAGACAAGAAUUAUCGCGUCGCCGUGCGAUACGCGCCGCUGCUCGAUGCCGCCUUCGAGAGGCUCGUCGACCUCUUGAAGUUGCCGGCCGUGCCUGCCGACAGAGUUCUUGAUUUUCUCACCGUCGUCGAUAUGGAGAACGUCAUUGAAGCGAUGUCUAGUCCAAAGAAUCCUUGUUAAUAAGCGUAUAAUGGCUUUUUAAAUAGAAUGUUUAUGUUUUCUUUCUUUUUCUGAGCACGUUAAUAUCGAUUUUAGAUUAAUCGAGAACCUUUUUGUAUGACCAGAUAUUUAUUGUUGUAAAUGGAAACGUUUCAACUUUGAAUAGUAGAUAUUUAUAUUUUUCUAUUUUGAAUAACAAGCUAUGACAGAUUAUAUAUAUAUAAUGCGUUAAUGUUUAUGCGAUAAUUUUAAUGAAACUGUGAUAAUUUUAAUUUCACACUGUA